AUGCGGAGGAUUAUCGUACUCACAGGUGCCACCGGCUCAUGCAAGACAGCGGUGGCUACUGCUCUGGCUCGCAGACUCCCGCAGCUGUCGUCGCCGCUCCCAGUCGAGCUCCCGCGGCUGGUCUCGCUUGAUGCUGUCCAGGUCUUCCGUGGCCCUCACAUUGGCGCGGCAAGUCCGUCGCCGGAGCAGCUAGAGGAGGCGCCGACGGCGCUCGUCGCCUGUCGCGGGCUGGAUGAGGGCGUCUCGGCUGGUCACCUUGCUGCCGAGGCGACAGAGGCGUGUCGCCGUCUCCUGGAUGCUGGCCUCGUGCCAGUUGUUGUCGGUGGCUCGGGCUUGUACAUGGACUGGUUCAUCGACGGGCCGCAGGGCUCUCCGCUGGCGGACCCGGCUGUCCGGGCCCGGAUCGAGGCCGAGGUCGCUGCUCGCCCUCAGUGGGAGCACUGGCUCGGCAAGGUUGCCGCAGCGUCGCCUCUCCGAGCCGAGAGGCUAGUCCGCGGCGACUGGGUCAAGAUGCGCCGCGCGCUGGAGAUUGUGGCAUCGGGCGCUGCCGCCAUCCCCGAGCCGCCGCGGACGCCGCUGGCGGAGCGGCUCGACGCCUCGGUCUGUGUCUUUAAUCUACACUGGCCGCGCCUCGACCACCUGCGGCUUGUGGAUGCCCGAUGCGAAGACAUGGUCGCCGCCGGACUACUCCCCGAAGUGCUCGACCUUGUGGUCGGCAACCGGGUCGGUUCCGAGUGGGCGCUGGACGUGCCGUACGCCGGGCCGCCGCUGGAGCCGGGCCACCACGUGGCGGCGGCCAUCGGCUACGCGCAGAGCCUGCCGUUCCUCGCCAAUCUGGUUGCCGAUGCCAAUGCCGGUGUCGCGCCCAAGAUCCUCGCCAAGGCGCUGGGGAGUUUUGUCAAGGACUUUCAGGCCAAGUCGCGCCAGCUGACGCGGAAGCAGAACCGCUGGUUUGCCCGCGACGACUUUCUCUGGCUCCCGCUCGCGGAGCAAAGCCCCGAUGCAGUGGCGGAAACCAUUGCUCGUCUCGCGCUCAGCGAUCUUGCCGACAGCGGCGGCCCGGCCAAAAUGGCCGCCGCCCUCGAGGCUCAGGCCGCCGACAUUGCUGCCGGCGCCGCGCCCUGGAAGAACUCUCCCGACGAUCUCGCGGCGCUGCGCACGUAUCAGGUCCGCCCGACGACACGCGACUUUCCUCGACGGCGUUCUCGCUCGCUCUCGCUCGCCGCACACGUUGCAGGCGCUCCUUGA